AUGACCGACCUCACCACCAACAUCACCGCAGUCACCGCCCAAGUCCUCAAAGGCGCAAAAGCCAAGCUCCGCAAGGCCUUUCCAUGUCUCACCGAAGAUGCCCUGCAGAACGCCAUUCAAGCGACCUCUCUUGAACUUCAGCGCAAACUCGCAGAGCAGAUCCCAGCCAUGACCGCCUCCCACACCAGAGCCCACCUCAACAUGCUCCCCGCCGAGCUCCGUAUCCGCAUCUACGAAUACGUCCUUGCUCGCGAUGACGACAAGCCCUUCAGAACAAACCCUAACACCUACCGUAAAGCACGGGCUCAAAGCGUCGUCACCAUCACUCAGCGAACAGCCAUGCCCGCGCUCCUCCGCCUCGAUCGUCAGAUCCGCUCCGAAGCCCUGCCAAUCUUCUACAGCCAGACGACAUUCGUGAUUGUGGCAACGCCAACGACGAGAGAUCAGCGCUAUUUUGGCGAGUGGCUGAAGCUGGUCGGAGAUCGUGAUGCUGCGAUGAUUAGAAGGCUCGUUGUGUGGUACGAAUCGAGACAUCGGCUGAACCCUCUGGAGCGGAAGGUAAGAAGGGACGCCAAGGAUGUAAGCAGGAAGCCGCGCAAGCAGGAUGCUAUUGAGGACGUGGGACUGGGAGGUUGUGUUGUGCCGUAUGGUUCAAUCAGGGUGGCUUAUGGAGCUUCGAAGCUGAGUGGGUGUAAGUAUAUUAACGAUUAG